AUGACGACAGUCAUGAAACUUUUGUUCACCGUCAGAGUUCUCCAACUUGUCUUUUAUUUUAAAAGUACUGCAGCAUGCCUUAGCCCCGAUUGGCUGGAAUUUAACCAAUCGUGUUACUUCUUUUCCACUAAAUAUUCACUGUCAUUUUAUGAUGCUCUCAACAAUUGCGAGAGUAUGGACAGUUUGCUGGUCAGCAUCGGUUCGGACGACGAAACCAACUUCAUCAUUGCAAACGGCCCCCACCUGCUUUCCAACUACUGGAUCGGCUUGUACCGCGUGAAAUGCUUCCUCAACCAAGCGGUGUACAACAAGAGAUGUUCGCCAGGCUACUGCAUGUUGGAGUGCAUGCAAAACUGGAUGUGCGCCGGCUUCAACUUGCGACCUGUGGCUCCUGGUAGCAGUGGUGGCUGUCUGUGUGAACUCAAAGAUGCUAAAAGCUGGUUGAGCUUUCCAGCUAUAAAAGAAGUCGGCUCUGGUUUUUGGGGAUAUCCUAUCCAUUUGGAUUAA